UAAUAAUAUAUUUUAGCAUUUAAAAAAUUUAUUUAAAAGCAUUCAGAAUAAAGGAAACUGAGUUAGAAAAGCAAGCUUAAAUUAUCUUGUCUAUUCGUGCUAAACUACUAUCAGGUUUACCAGGUCGUACACUUUCAUUUGGGGACGAAAGUAUUUAAUUAGCAUAAGCAUGUUAAAAUCAACACGCAACUGGAAAGCUUGCUACAUAUGCCAAUCUUUCGAUUUAACAAUCCGCUGUACCUAUUACUUAUCCACUGACGUUAUCAUCAUUCUGCUCCGAUUGCCACGGUUCAAUUGAGUUUCCUUAUUUUCACACAGUAUCUCGAAACGAAUAGCAUACAUCACGUUUAUACACAGAAUUCAAUGCAGGGAAAAUGAUUUUUUUCUUGCUUGAAAAAUUAAUGAAAAUGUAACUUUCACCAAUUAAAAUAAAUGUAUAUACCUUGUUUUUAUUUGUCCACUCUGGAUUCAUUUCCUAUUAAAAUAGUACCUACUAUAUAUGUAUAUAUAAUAAAUUUUUUUCUCUUUGAAAGUCCGAUGAAUAGUUUUAACUCGAUUCUUUGGUAACAGAUAUAUUGUUUCACUUACACCACACAAGAAAUGCUUUUUUUUUCAUGCUUAUCGUAAUUAUUGCGACUUUAAAAAGAAGUAUGUUACGAUAGGUACUUCCAGCAGAAUAUAAUUAGUACUAAACUAGCACGUUUUCUCAUGCUACCCGCCUCGUUCGAGCCGCAGAACUGCAAGCCAUCGAAACUCGUGGACUUGCGAGCGAUCGGCCAACUUUCACUGACGACUCGUUAGGUUCGCCGCCGUGGUUUCGAGUCAUUCACAGUCAUUCCGCGACUUCGACGGACCGCGGUAGCGCUGCCCGUAUUUCUCUCUACAUUGGAGAAGGUAAACUGUCACUCCCAAGUGCGCGUUCAGUGAUAGUUCGAUAACAACACGUAGUGAUACGUUUGCAAGUUCUAUGUUUCGUGCAGGAUGUUUUCCCAGUUUUUGCGGAAUAUUAUUGCGAGCUCGUUUCGCACAAACGUCUUCUAGUGACAGUGAUAUUCGACGUCCAGCAUUUCAUCCAGAUAUUUUUCACGGUGAAACCUUCGAUUGUGCGUAAUGGAGAGACAGAGAAAAUUUGUUGCAGCCACGUAACAUAUACAAUCGUAGAACCAGCGCGUGAUACUGAGCUACGAUCCAUGGAUUUCGAUUUACGCGUGAUUUGAUUUAGCGAGCGAGUUGGAACGCGCGUGUGAUUUUCGACGUCGACAUUCGGGAAUUGAUCGUCCGCUCGUCGGUUAAUUGCCUUCCAAAAUUUCGCGCACGUUGGUGUGCGAUUUAACUGGCAAAUCGUAUCGUUUGCGAGAUACGGGAAUACCGCGCUACGCGCGCGAAUUAUAAUUGGUGACGUCAUCCGCAAAUGCGAACCACUUCGGAAGUGAGUUUCAACGCCACUCCCGCUCGACGACUGUGUUACAGCUCGCUGAGAGAGGUCUCGCGUCGUUUGCGUCCUAUUUCCCAAGACAAGGGAGCAGUAGAAGGAGAAAUCCCGUUACAAUUUCGCCAGUCGUUUCCGCGAAACUCCCAUGCACUAGAAGUGCAUUCGACGAUACAAAAGAGUCGACGGGUUCGAAGCGGCUGCAGCUCUCAAGAAGGAGCUUUGUCACUUUGAAUGAAAGUAAGACGGACAUCGUAAGAGGAUUUAGCUUUAUUGCUGCAGUGAAUCUUGAAAAAAGUGAAAAUUAACGGAAAGUAAGAGUCUUUCUUCUCUUUCGAGAGAGAGGGAGAGAGAGAGAGAGAGAGAGAGAAAGAGAAAGGAAGAGAAACAGAAGGAGAGUUGUGACCGCCUGGCCGCCCGCGAGUCCAGGGACAGGUAUUUGUUUGGACGAUCACGCGUAACGCAUGUAAUUCUCUACCUCUGUGGAUUUGUACUGUACCUCUGUUAUUUUAUCAGGCUUGUGCCUGAUAAAAUUGCCAGAGAGAAUUGACAAGAAAUUAUCUCUAGUCCAACACCACACUAAAAAACAAAAAACACCGAUAUGGAUACCAGUACAGUACGCUUGGUGAUAUUUUUGGGCAUGUUUUUGAUUUUCGCCGGCGAUUAUAGCACGUUAAUCGCCUCGAUCUUCGGUAACACGACGGAAAAAAAUAUAACUGAUGCUAUAAAAGAACCCGAACUCAAAGGGCCUCACGAUAAGAUACCUGUUGUUUCGAACAAAGGCGUCGAUAAGAAUAACGUUGCUCUACGUCGUGCAAAGAUGAUGGCGACGAUCAAAACUGCUUGCUUGCCAAAGUUAAUAUGCGAACUCACCAAGUCCGUUCACCAAGACCAACUGAGUGAAAUGGAGCGAUCUCUAUUGAAUCUUAUAAGAGAUACAAGUCUAAGCACCAUGGCGGAAGUGCCAUCGAGAUAUCACUUCGCGGCUCACAUGGGUCAACUGAUUUCUGGUAUAGAAGGUCAGGGCUGUCAUAACUUUUACCCGACGUGUCCGUUGCCGGGCAUCAGCGUUCUGAACAUGAUGAAGAAGGUUCGUCUACGCUGAUGAAUCGCAACUGUCGGAAUCGACGAUUAUUGAACCUGUGAUACUGUGAAUACUUUUAUUUUAUUCGCGCUCGACGAAUUAUCAUUAACAUCAUAGGAAUUCAAUUCGUGCAAUGAUGAAACACGUUUCUGACGAUGCAACAUGCAAACGAUGCGCAAGCUUUAGUGAUAAUUACUGACAAUGUCCUGCGAACAUUUGAAAUCUUGUCUAAAUCGUAAAAUAAAAAUUCUAGUUUGUAUAACAUAGAUUGAAAACAUAGAUUGUUGAGAUUAUCAAUUGUUGAGAUUACCAAUUAUUGAAAUUAUUAAAAAUAUAAGAUAAUAUUGAUAUAUGAUUUUUUUAAUCUCAAAAAGUUAUUCUGUUAGACUUUACAAUCAAUCAAUAUGUAAUUAUUUACUUUUUAUGUUUAAAUACUGAUGUAUGUAUCCACAUUCGUACUCAAUAUAACUAUUUAUUUAUUUGUUAUUAAAUAUUCAUAUCUCGUUUAUAUUUAUUUACAUUUGAUAGAAUUUAUUUUCAGUAUUUUGGAAAUCUCUAAUGUCAAAAAUUCAUUCGUACAUACAUCCAUUUAUUUUUAUAAAUCUAUAUUGUUAAAAUUGUAUUGUACUGUAUAUAUUAUCGCGUUUAUUUUAAAUAAAAAAUAUACUAUAUUAUAACUUGCAAA